GCUAUUGAGAAGGGAUACACAGUUGUCUGCAUACAUGAAGUGUGGCAUUUCCCGACCACUCGCAGAGGGCUCUUCAAAGACUACGUGAACACGUGGCUCAAGAUCAAGGAAGAGGCCAGCAGGUGGCCGAGUCACGUGGGUGACGAUCCCCUGAAACGUCAACGACAUUUGGACGAUUACAGAGACAAAGAGGGGAUUGAAUUGGACCUGGAAAAGAUCGAGAAAAAUCCCAGACUGUGUACGCUGGCCAAGAUGAUGUUAAACUCCAUGUGGGGUAAAUUUGGUCAGCGUGCCAACAAGACACAAGUCCAGGAAUUUGACGACCCCCAAAAAUUUUCCACCUUCUGUAACAGCGACACCCUUCAAACCAAGUACGUUGUUAUACAAUCAGACGGUCGGGUGGAAGUACAAUACACUUUACAAGAGGAAGACAAAUCCAUCUCGCCCAACCUGAACAUAUUCGUGGCCUGUUUCACGACCUGUUGGGCUCGUCUUAAACUCUAUGAUGCUUUUGACAUCUUACAAGAGCGAGUACUGUACAAAAACACGGACUCAGUCGUGUUCCCUUCCACCCAGGGAAUGCCCGGGCCACCACUGGGAGAUUAUCUGGGGGACUUUAAGGACGUAUUGCUGCCAGACGAUUAUAUAGUGGAAUUUGCCUCCGGAGGUCCAAAAAACUACGGGCACAAGACCCACAAAGGUAAAGAGGACUGUAAAGUCCAAGGCAUCACACCCAAUAGUCUUGGGAAGAGAUAA